ACCGGGUCCAGACCCAAACCCAAAACGCCCGUCUCUCUCUCUCUCUCUCUCUCUCUCUCUCUCAAAAGCAGAAAAAAGUACUUGGUUUCGUUACCCCAGGAAGGACUAGAGAAAAUGUCGAAAUCAGCAGAAGAAGUUCACCCAACAAAGGCUUUCGGAUUGGCAGCAAGAGAUUCCUCUGGCGUACUCUCUCCUUUCAAAUUUUCCCGAAGGGUUACCGGUGAUGAAGAUGUGAGAUUCAAGGUGUUGUUCUGUGGAGUUUGUCACUCAGACCUUCACAGCGUUAAGAACGACUGGGGCUUCUCUAGGUACCCUUUAGUGCCUGGGCACGAGAUUGUGGGUGUAGUAACAGAGGUUGGAUGCAAGGUAAAGAAAUUCAAAGUAGGGGAUAAAGUGGGUGUUGGAUGUAUGGUUGGAGCUUGUCAUUCCUGUGAUAACUGCAACAACGAUCUUGAGAACUACUGCCCCAAACUCAUCUUCACCUACAACGCGACUUACCAUGAUGGGACUCGCACCUUCGGGGGUUACUCUGAUGUGAUGGUCGCUAAUGAACGCUAUAUCGUCUUAAUGCCGGAAAAUCUUCCCCUAGAUGCUGCCGCGCCCCUAUUGUGUGCUGGGAUCACUGUGUACAGCCCUAUGAUAUAUUAUGGACUUUGCAAACCUAACCUGCAUUUGGGUGUGGUAGGGCUUGGUGGGCUUGGUCAUGUGGCUGUGAAAUUUGGCAAGGCUUUUGGAAUGAAGGUAACUGUGAUCAGCACCUCCCCAAGCAAGGAAAAGGAAGCCACUGAACAUCUUGGCGCCGACUCGUUUCUAAUCAGCCGUAAUUCAGGCCAGAUGCAGGCUGCCAUGGGUACAAUGGAUGGAAUCAUUGACACAGUCUCUUCUGUUCACCCUUUGCUGCCGUUAAUUGGUUUGUUGAAAUGUAACGGGAAGCUCAUCAUGGUUGGUGCACCUGAGAAGCCGCUUGAGCUACCGAUUUUCCCUUUCCUCUCGGGAAGGAAGGUUAUAGCUGGAAGUUUGAUGGGAGGAAUGAAGGAAACCCAAGAGAUGAUUGAUUUUGCUGGAAAGCACAAUAUUACAGCAAACAUUGAGGUUAUUCCAAUGGACUAUGUGAACACUGCAAUGGAGCGUCUCGCUAGGGCUGAUGUCAAAUACCGAUUUGUCAUCGACGUUGGGAAUACCUUGACUAUUGCAUAGAAAACAGAGCUAUCCGAAUUAUGAAUAAAUAGAAAUAAUAAGACCUGGAAAAAUAGUAAAAUUUUGUUUUAGAAGGUUGGAUUCUUA